AUGGCCGUCUCCGUCCGUCACGUCAAGGAGGCCGACGACCGACCAUGGGCUGGGCUCUGGUCCGCUGAUCCUGCCAUCUCCCGCCUCGUAUUCACCGACGCAGUGAGCCACGCCUUCGCGAAUGGUUGGCAAGUCUGGGUGGCCGAAGACACCAAGAUCCUCGGCGUGGCGCUCUGGCUCCCGCCAGGCGUGGAUGAAGGCACCGAGUUCUUCGCCCGCGGCAUGAAAGCCAUGCCUGAGCACCUCGCGGUGCAUGCCUUAACCGUCGUAGUGCCAGAGUUCAUGAAGCUCGACUCGAUCGUGCCCGGCUCAAAGCAGGCGUGGUGGUUCCUCUCGUUCCUCGGGACGCACCCCGACGCGCAGGGCCGCGGCGUGGGCAGCGCGCUGAUGCGCGCCAAGAUGGAUGCUGUCGACGGCCCGUUCGCGCUCUCCACUGGCACGGAGAGCAAUCUCGCGUGGUACGGCCACAGGGGGUUUGUGACGCGCGGCAGCAUCAAGGCACCCCAGCAUGACGGAUGGUUGUGGGAGGAGCGGUAUAUGACCCAUCCGGGGGAUGCGGUGGUGGAUGGCGGAGUGAAGAGGCAGUAG